AUGCAUCCUCUAAUUCCAUCUCUCCUAAACCACAUCUCCACUUUCAACCACUCAUAUGACUACCCUCAACGACCAAGCACCCCAAACUCACAUCCUUUGCUUCCAAUCUUCGGCUGCGUAAUGAGUCCCACGACAGUAUGUCUGAACCAACUCGUAGCCAAGCGUUACGCUCGCUGGUCUGAGAGUCCCCAGUUCGAGGUGUUGAGGUAUCUGUAUACGAAACUUGGGCUACGAGAAACGUACUCUUUGGACUUGGAAGGAAACAGGGUGUUUGUAGAGAGAUAUAAACCAGCUUUGGGGGCCAUGAGGGAAAGAUUUGGUUUUCUUGGAAAUGUCGAUUACUUUGCCAGAGUGCAGGUUGGCUACGGAGCAAACGAAGGAUUUGUACCGCCUACACCUCCUACAUUCUCAAAACUUCUCAAAGAUCACGGUCCCGCUAUCCUCGAACAAUACGCUAGAUCUAGGACUUUCAAUCCUUUCCUCUUUGGCAUUCUUGAUAAAAAUAGUGCCGCCGCCAUUCGUCCUGGCAGAAGUCUCCUGAAGGAUAUUUGGACAAGCACCUCUUCCGCUCGAAGUCCACUGGGUAUUCAUGGGAAAGAAUUAGGCAAUAUGAUGCAUGGAUAUGACGAGGUCCCUGUCGAGCUCUUUGAGGAAAAUGAUACGGGGGCUGUCUCUAUGGAUGAUGGGAAGACGAAAGCAGGGGAUGUAAUGAGGUUAGCGAGACGGCUGGCUGCUUAUUUGGCGGCUUGGACGUGGGACUUUGCGCUGCCUGGGGGGUAUUAUUAUCCUAGUGACUUGAGGUAG